AUGGGUAAUACCUGUGCCGUAAAUCAAAACAACAACCUUGCCGAGGAAGACGACUUUGCAGAAAAUGGAAGAUUCAAUUCCUAUCUAGCAACACUUCCCAAGUUGUUUACCGAAACAACCGUUCAAGGAGAUAAAUACUUGUGUACUGCCUAUGUAACUUCGAAUUUUAAAUCGGUGGUCUUUGCUGUCGCUGACAUUAAGAAAAACUUCUAUAUGAAACAAGUUUCUCGAAAGAAAUUGGCUGAAAUUAGAGACCGAUUAGACGUAAAUAAUACAAUUGGAUGGAUGAACUUCUUUACUGCUCUCAAGUAUGCCUUCCUCAACAGAAAAGUAUCUCUCAAAAUGCACGUGAAUGAAGAGGAAUGUCUUUUUAAUAUUGAUUUGAAUUUUGCCGUCAUUGGACGAACAAGCCUCUCAUUGCCAUUAAAGAGAGAUAAUGAGGCUUUGCAACAUUUGUCGCUCUACUUUGUCAAUCCACUUUAUGACUUUUAUAGUGUCAGAACGGAGUCAGCUCCUUUAGAAAAAUUGGAACAAUUGGAGAAACAAAUUAAACUUUAUAAAGACAAGAUUGCAGAAGUGGAGAGAGAAAUUAAGGAAAAGUAUCCUGAUUCCUCAACUCCUGAAGAAGAUGAUGAUGUUUUGGAUGAACUUGUUGACGAGGAUGCUCCAGCCAAAGCAGAACCGAUGAAACAGCAGGAAAAGCAACCACCACAAAAAGAAGAGCCAACUCCUCCACCAGAACAAAGUAUCACUAGUACCGUAGAUAAAGAAGAAUAUGUCAAUUUUGAACAAGAAAAGGUCAUUCGAUUCCUCUCUGAUAUUAUGAAGAAACUAUCAGAUAAUAACUCGAUCACAAUGAAAGAAAAACAAAGCUUUGAACGCAUUAUAUCCAUCCUCUCUCACGACAGUCAAUACAGUGUGCAUUUUAACAAGGACCUUCUCAAUGAAAUGGAUAUGGAUGUACUUGAAUGGGCAAAGAUUAAGUUUGCAACGAAUGAACGACCAAUUGUGUUACGGGGAGAGGACAAACCCAUUGAAUUUAUGAACGUUGAGGAUGCAAAAAGAUAUCUAGAGAGCUCACAAAAAUUGUUGACUGAACCUAGGGAGCAAAUACUUGCUAUUUUUGACAAACUUGAUUCUUGGAGCUUUGAUGCAGUUGAGUUGUUCAAUGCUACUGGAGGAAAUCCAUUGUUUGCAACAUGCUUUACACUUUUCUUGAAAUACGAUUUUAUGCGCAAAUUUAACAUUCAAGAGGAACUUCUUAUUAACUUUUUAAGAGAACUUGAAGCUGGAUAUCAUCCUAAUCCUUAUCACAACAAUGCUCACGCAGCUGAUGUGUUACAAGCAACUCACUUUAUCAUCAAAGAAGGAGGAUUAUCCGAACGAUUAACUGAUGAGGACUGUUUUGCUGCCCUUUUAUCUGCAACAAUUCACGACUAUGAUCAUCCUGGUUUGAACAAUGCAUUCCAAGUCAACACUAGAAGUUAUUUGGCAACUCUUUACAAUGACAGAGCAGUCUUAGAGAACCACCACUGCGCUCAAUCUUUUGAAUUGAUGAGACAAGAAAAAUUCAACAUUCUGAGUGGAUUGUCAACUGAACAACGAAAAGAUAUUCGAGAAACAGUCGUCGAAAUGCUUUUAGCAACAGAUAUGGGUCAACACGCAAAAAUUGUUGGAAAAUUCAAAGGAAGAUUGGAAGCGAAAGCAGACUUUAAAGCAAAAGACGACAUUAGAUUGGCUUUACAAAUUGCAAUCAAGAUGGCAGACGUGAGUAAUCCUGCUAGACCAAUUGGUAUUGCUUUGAAAUGGACUGAAAGAAUUACUGAAGAGUUUUUCGCUCAAGGAGAUUUAGAAAGAAAUUCUGGUUUAGCCAUUUCUCCAAUGAUGGACAGAGCAACUCAGCAUGUCGGAAAGGGCCAAAUUGCAUUCAUCAAUUAUCUCGUGACACCAAUGUACGAGGCAUUCUUUACCAUUGCUCCUAAAAUGGCAUUCUGCAAGAAAUAUAUUGAUAAUAACAAGUCGUACUGGGAAUGCCACGCCGUUGGAGACAAGAAUGACUAUGGCAAAUUGUGGUGGGAUCCUCCAGCAGCAGAGGAAAAGAAGGAAUAA